AUGUCUCAAACUAGACCGGCUAAGCCUGCUCGCCCAAGUCGAGUUGUUCAAAUAUGUGAAUUCAUUGAUUCUAUACCUUCGUUUGAUCCAAAGAAGUUUGUGCAAUCGUUUCUGGAUUCACCGGACUCUACCUUAGCAAGUCGCCGCCGCCUCUGGGCAACAGCUACAGGCUGGUCUUCAACUACUCGGCUUAUGAGAUCAAUCAAAAGACUUGCAAAAUCUACAGCUGCUGGAACAGCUCUAUGGGAGUCUUUCAUAUCAGACGAGGCUGAGCAAAUAGUAAUUUCUCAGUCAAUGCCCAGCGGCAAGGCCCCGGAUGGCUCUUUUUAUAGCUCUAAAGCAAUCGACCACGCCUUCUUUGAGAAAGAUAAUGAAGAAGAAAGAGAGAGAAAAGUUAGGCAACAUAUGCCAUUCCUCUACAACCUUAUACAAGCAAAAAUCAAAGACGCUCAGCUUCAAAGAAAUUCACGAAGAGACUUAGAGGUACAACUGAAACGAAAGCGAUCUGAAACAAAUCCUAGAAUUGAAGAGGAUGAUGAUUCUGAUUCUGAUUCUGGACUCGCACUUGAAACCAACAAGGAUGCGGAAAACAUGUUUCCUACCAUCGGGAGACUGAGCGUGAGAUUCAAGAACAAUUUCAGUUGA